AGGCGACCAGUGAUGUGACAUGUGUUUCCAUAGGGAUAUGCUCCACCACAAACACGAAUAAUAGGGAGAUUCAACGCUCUGCUUUGUUUUGGAAACAAAUCUCUAGCAAGCAGCUCGUCUCCAGAAAUCAAAUGAAACUGUACUUACUUCUAGCGAUCAAAUUUUUAGAAGUAGCAGCUGCUAGCUUUCUUCAAGAUGUGUCGUGUCAAAUCCGGCAUUUUACUAAGGUCGUUGAAGUUUUUUGAUUGGUAAAAGCUGCGAAACGGAUCGAGGUUAUUUUCGCGUUAAGUUUUUUCCCUCCGAAUCUGAAAGACUCCAUACAAAAGAAUAUGUCGUUGUCCACCCGGGAGCCCCUAAAGCCGGGGAAGGAGACCUCCCCCCGCAUCGUCCUUGCCGGCCUGGCAAAAUCCGGGAAGUCCUCAAUCGCAAAGGUGAUCUUCCAGAAGAUGCCACCCCACGAAACCCUCUUUCUGGAAACGACACACAAAGCAGAGAUGAAGCACGUGAAGCACAACUCUCUGAUCCAGUUCCAGGUCAUCGACUCCCCCGGCGCGGGGUGUAUUGUAGAGGGGAACGACUACUCUUUCGUCGAAGUCCUCGCCAAGCCGAACUUCACCGGGCAGCCCAACGCCUUCGUGUUCGUGUUUGACGCGCAGGAAGAUCCAUCGAACCAGCAGGAGGCGCUGAAGCACUGCCACCGGCUGAUAACUAUGCAGUGCAAAAGUAUCGUACUCGUAUAACUAUAAAUGCAUUACAAAUUUCCUCAGCAUGAGAGAUCAAAUUUGUAAUGCGGAUUUACCUCAACAAAAAAAUUUGUAAUGCAUGAUUGCAAUACCAAUACGAGUACGAUACUUUUGCAGAGGAUAAUAACAAAGGUGUACGACCGGCUGCCGAAAACUUCCUUCGAGAUCUUUGUGCAUAAGAUAUGCAUGGCAAAAGUAUCGUACUAGUAUAAAUCGCAUGACAAAUAAUUUGCUUAGAAUGAGAAAUGUAAUUUCGACCAGGCAUGCCGCAAGGAUCACCGCUGUCAGGCGGUGUAUUCAACCUGCAUCACAUCCCCCUGAUAAGGUAUCUCUUGGAGCUAAAUCCGGACGGCAUAGUAACGCAGUACAGUGACGACAACACACAAACCGGCUUCAUGAGUAGACUGAAGCAGAUGAAAAAUUUUCUAGUUUCCUGUGGGCGAAAGUUUUUCAUUUUUUUCGAGAAAGAUAAAAGCGAAACAAUUUUCUAUGGUCAGAGCUUUCAAGAUGAUCCGCAAGAAGCGGGAAGGUUUUUGGGGUUCUUGUUUGACGGCACGUGGACUCAUAAUGCAAUGUCAGAUAAGAUAAUAAAGGACAUGACUAAGGAGGCGAGCACUUGCUUAGGCCUGAAGACGUUGAGGACCGACUACCAAGAAGGUAGAUGUAUUUGAAAGUCUUUGCUAUUCCGCUUUGUCUAGCACGGGGUCCCCGCAGUAUCCCUGCUUCUCUUCCAAAGCAAAGCUAAAAAUUGAAAAUACAACUUCCAACAAAUUAAAAGUUUUGUUAGGUCUGCCCAGAAGAGCGCCCUCCACAGCUCUGUUUGAGUCCACUGGACUCCUUAGGCCUCACGCUAUGUUUUUGCGCGAGAAUUUAAUGACAUUUUAUAAAGGUCUUGCAAAGAACUUGUGGGAAGAAAGUGGUGAGGAGCUGACAGGGGCAGAGUAUGGGAUGGGGAGUAAUCUACAAAUAAACCCGAUAGCAGGGGAACCGAUAAGAGAAAAAUGGACCACGAUAAUGAGAACGAUAAGCAAAGAAAAGUUGUCAGAUAUACAUGAAGCAGUGGUAGAAUCACCAUUGAAAAUUAUUCGCCGAUGCUGGAGAGGGGUCAGAGUGUCGGUCUCCACCAUGGACGACGUAGGACGACAGUGGGGCUAUGACAGCCUCACAAAAAUCAAAAACGUGGACGAGAUCAACCGGACAAGAAAGAGGACAUCGUGGCGGCAAGAUCGAGAAAUCAGGCGAAAGCUGCAAAAUGCCGGACAUCUCGUCAUUGCCACGGACGGCAGUGCAAGCCCAGAGGAAGGAAGCGUAGGAGGAUGUGGCGGCGCAACGUGGUGGGCAAGCGACCUGAACUGCGAUCAUGAAGUCAAUGAAGACUUUGCCGAUUGGUAUCCGGUAGAGCCGAUGUGCACAUCGACUGCGAUAGUGGAAACACCACUAAAAGACGCAAUAGUAGACUCUUUUGAUGCUGAGACUUUUGCUCUUGUAAAUCAAUGCAAAAAGACGACAGAACAUCUGCGAAAAUACAAGAUGUCGCACCUGAUAAAAAAAGUCAGCUUCUACCUUGACCCAAACAGUGUACUGGAAGGCCUUGCGAAUAUGCAUGAGGAGUCAAGCGUCAUGUUUUUUCACAUCGUGAACGCUCUAGAAGAACUGCGAGACGAGUGUAUGAAACACCACUGCAAGUACAAACAUGCUGACCCGGAGAUGCCUGCUAUUGCACCAGAGCAAGAGCUAGGGUUUGAAUUUAUAUGGAACGCAGGGCACAGCGGCCUCUUUUUCAAUGACCUUGUUGACAGCCUGGCAGGUCAAGCAAAAAUUAGGCAUGACAGAGCAGUGACACAAGGCCAGCAUGCAAAUGUGUAUCGAAAAGAAAUAACUGCGUCGAUUCUGAGAAGAGUACUCACGAAGCGCAUAAGAUACUGGAUCGGAGUAGCGGAAUGCUCAAAGCCGACCAGUGCGCCGCAGCUGGUGGAGAGGGCGAGGGAGUUCGGAGCAUUCCGACCGAAAGCAGGAACCUUCCCGACGAGAUACUUGGAGCUGCUGUAUUUCUACUUGUACUCAGGGGUAGUACCAUGUGGCAUUUUGGGGGCAGGUGAAGCAACGCAUGAAGAUGAUGAAAACGACCCAGAAAAGAAAAAAUAUUUUCAGAAGUGUACACUGUGUGAUGAACGAACUGAAGGGCACGCGUCGCAUCUUGUCAUGGCCUGUAAUAGCCCAGCGGCGCUAGCAGCCCGACUGCAAAUUUUUGGGGCAGCGACGAUUCCAAUCACCUUGGAAAAUGAAAAAGAAGUAUUUGCCCAGCCGCAGAAGGUGUUUCGCUUCAUACACGAAGCCAACAAAGGAAAAAAAUUCCUGAAAAAUUUUGCAUGUGAACAGAUCGAGAAAAACCUGCACUGCAUAAAACCAAGGAUGCAGGCGGAGACCAAAGCGAAAACGCAGGAGGAGAACACCUACGAACAACUAGGGUGGCAGUAUAAAAGUAUACAAGUAGACUUACUAGAGGAAGAUAUCAACACCACCAGCACACCAGUAGAAGACGAAAUAAAAAAUAGAGCUAAAGCGAAUACGGAUGCAAUUUUGAAAAGAUAUAAAGAUAGAAAGCGUGAAGGAUAAGAAAAAGAAGUGAUGAAGUAGACACAUGAUUCUUUUUUCUCCAUAUAGAGCUACAGCUGCAAAACAUAAAAGAAAUAUCGAGUAAAUUCAUAAACAUUCAACUUCGCCCCCUUUUUUUUUUGAAAAUGAAUAAAUAAAAUUAAACACACAGAAACUUUUUCAAAAGACAGAGAAUAUCCCUGCGCCAGACCUUGAUCUUCGCCGCUGUCAUCUUUUCUGGUGUGUUGAGAAAAGAAACUCAAGCAAGGCCGGAGGAAAAACAAGAUCAAGAUGGAUGGGCCGAGACAUCCAGGCACAGCUCGAGCGGACACGAGCAAAAAGCCAAAAUGAUACGUGAGUGCCGAUGGUACGCGCGAGAUCUUUGCUCAGGCAACAGGGGAGAGGCACAAGAAGACAUGGCGCUGACGCAGGAAGGCGGCUGUAGCACAACAUAGAGCAAAGGCAUUACAAUACAGGGCUCUUUUGAUUCAAUAUCAAGUCUAAUUUGUAAUGCAUAGCUGAGGCCUGCCUCUCAAUUUUUGUUGCUGCUUUAUAUAGAUUUUAGUGCCGGAUACACGAACAACAGAAAAGAAGUGGGCAAGAGGACUUUAAACAGAAACAGAAUGACGCUCAUGUGCUGCAGAAGAGACGUGUUUUUUAUAUAUGAAAAUAAACGGAAAGAGGUGGAAGUUUUUCAUAGACCACCGAGACGAAAACUGCGACCAAAAAAGUGCUGGCGCAGAGCGCUUUUCUUUUAUCACCCCGAAAGGCCAGAAAACGGGAAUUGGCGGCACGAGCAUGAUCAAACCGGCUACAGAGCGAAAGACGUGCCGAAAACAGCUCUUCUAAACCCGGGAGCCCUCCUGCCCCGGAGGUACAAGUUUAGAAACAAUGGAUCAACAGAUCACGGAAGACGCAGGGAAGUAUGACUCUUAUAUAUUUUUGUGAAGUUCAAAUAGAUCAGACAUGCCAAGGCGAGCUUGCUCAUAUAAUUCUAAAGCUAGCUAGACAGAUCCUGCCUAAGUAACGAAAGUUCACCAAGAUCAAGAUGCUGAAUCUCCAAGGUGUAGAAGGACCUUGUGUCCAUCAAUUUUAGGCAUGUGUGAGAAGUCUUUUUUUUUCAGACUCUUCUCUAUUUAUUUUCCUCUCCGGCUUGUUGUAAAGAAGGGACUUUAAAAGCCAUGCGCCAGUCACUGGAUGUGGUUGUGCUGUUGGCAGCGCGGUACAACCGAACAGACUGGAAUGGUGAGUAAGCGUCUUCUCUUCCAAAAUAUCGAAUGAAGGGGGUUGAACAGUGAAGACUAAACAGUGGAAAAGGUAGAGCGACAUUGCCGAAGAACCUUCAACCAGCACUAAGAGUCUUAACGAUCUGACUUUUGGCGCUGAGUUGCUUUCUCCGAACCCCGAUUACAGUGGGGGGAGGAGUUAGCAGGCAGUGUCAUCCCGGGCGUCCGUUCCACCGCAGACGUGAAUGUGAGGGACCGUGCAAAUGAGGAAUAGCACAUUUGAGCAAGGACCUGGGGGUUGUAUCUCCAACUGCAAACACGCAACCCAAUGAGUUCAAAUCCAGCGGGCGCAUGCUAAACGAACACAAGAGGAAGAGCGAAGUUUUGAGGACGACGAGAAAAGCAGAAGCCAUGGCCAUCCUUCUCCGUCGUUAUUAAGACUUUUAUAUGCCUUUUGUCAGUAAUUUUUAUAAAAAAAAAAAAAAAUGAGAAAUGUAAUUUGUCAUGCUGUUUUGCGUUGUGACGGAGAUUUGUCAUGCAUAUUUGCAAUUACUACCAGUCCGAUACUUUUGCACAGGAUAUAAGACCGACGGGGACUAUUUCAUCCAAGAAGAGAACAAGCAGGAGCUGCAGCAGGAAAUCCACCAGAUAUUCACUGCAAAAGUAUCUUCGUACUAGUAUGUAUGAAUAGCAUGACAAAUUUAUGUCCUCAGCAUCAGAAGUGGAAUUUGUAGUGCUGAUUUUUUGAUAAUGAGAAAGGGAUUUGCAAUGCGUGACUGCAAUCAGUACGAGUUAACGAUACUUUUGCACUGCAUACCAGAAACUUAUCGACGACUACCAUUUGUACGAAACGUGUCCGAACGUGCACGUCACCUUUCACGCAACUUCUAUCUAUGAUCACUCGGUUUUCGAGGCGAUGAGCAAAGUCGUGCAGAAACUCAUCCCGGAACUCCCGGUUUUAGAGCAGUUGAUCGAUUUGUUAGUGACCAACUGCCGGAUGGAGAAGGGUUUUUUGUUCGAUGUGGUGUCCAAAAUCUACAUCGCCACAGACAGCGGCGCGGACGACAAUCCGACGUACCAGUGCUACGAGUUGUGCUCAGACAUGAUCGACGUGGCGAUCGACAUCAGUUGCAUCUAUGGCCUGACCACGGAGGAAGGAGAUGCGUACGCGGGAAUUACGAUCGAUUCCAAGUCGAGCUGCAUCAUACAGAUGACGAACGGUACUGUAGUUGGUUUUGUUUGUUUUUUUUUUUGAUGGGCUUGCAGAUGCAGCAGGGAGAAGUGGACAGUGUCAUUCAUGAUGCAGCAAUCGCAAUGCGAAAAAUGCACCAUUCGCAUUGCAGGGAUCAUGUUGAGAGCAAAUGAAUCAAGUGCAACAUUCGUGUGCAGCUGUAUCCAUUGAAAACACUACAAGCAACAACAUGAUCACCACUAGGUCUUCUCCUGUACCUGAAGCAAGUGGAGCAGUUCCUAGCUUUCGCGUGCAUUAUAUGACGGUGCACAGCUCCCCUUCCCGCUCCCCCCAUUUGUCAUGCAGAAUACCCAAUCCACCCUUUGGUGCAUCGUGGCACUGUUUGCAUGACAAGUUCUGGUAGCCCAAAUGCAAAUUUGCCAUGCAAAACCGGCACUCUUGCUGAUGCUUGUCUUGCCGUUCAUGCUACACAAAUGAGGGGGAGGGGGGUGUGCACUGUUAUACCUUAUCCGCGAAGAGAAUUUCGACCGGCAGCAUUUAUCAAAUGUAAAAAUGUCUGGGUCUGGAAGAAUGCAACUUGUCAUGCUAUCUUUGGAAUCCAAAAAAAUCUGUAUUGCAUGACCAGGAAGAGGAGCCCAGACUGUGCUACGUGGAGAGGGCAUUUGUAAUGCGGAAUAGGCAUCAGGAAGCCCUCUAAAAAUCUGUGAUGCUAGGUCGUGCAUUACAGACAUUCUGGGUCAUACAAAACAUGCAUGACAAGUCUCAGAAUCUUCCAGACCCAGACAUUUUUACAUUUGAUAGCAUUUGAUGGAUUACAACAUCAACGUGUUAAAGGACGUAUCCUGUGCAAAAGUUUCGUAUUCGUAAUUGCAGUUGUGCAUUACAAAUUUUUUUCUCAAGGUAAAGCCGCAUUACAGAUUUUAUGUCUCAUGCUGAGGGAAUCUGUCAUGCAUUUAUACAAGUAUCGGAUACUUUUGCAAUUCAUAAGACGCACUGAAGGAACUGUCAGUAGCAACCCUGAACAACGGCGUGUCAAUACUACAGAAGCAGCAAGCGACCGGCGUGCCAGCCAACGCGUACAACAAUCCUCAUUACCAGCAGCUCGGGUGAGCUGCAGCAGGGGUCCUGACACCCCCUAUUGACGAGGUCCCUUGCUGAGGAGGCGUUGUACGAAUUCUAUUGGAAGGGCCACAAGCGUUAUAGCGACAGCACGACGUAGAUCAUGUUGAAGGGCGAAAAGGAUGAAUAACAACUUAAGCGACUACGACAAGGAUUAAGUACUAGCAGAGUCGUGCAGCGAAGUUGGACUUCUUCUUCCUGGCACUUCUUGACUACAGAGCUCCCCGUCUCAACGAAGGACAUAGGUGAGCUGCCGUCUGAGCUCGAUAUUUGGA